AUGCCCAAGUGUGACAACUGUGACAAACUAAUAGCCAAGAAAUCUGCUAUUCUCGAGUGCAACACAUGCUCAAAAACUGUGCGUGCUACUCAGUUCUACACCAGCCUAACAUCUAAGCAAUUAGCAGCACUGCGCAACACUGAGAAUCUGGAAUGGACCUGCGAAGUUUGUCGCCGUGAAACUCCAAUACAAAGGUCAUUUAUCAUACAAGAGGAGGAAGAGGAAGAUGACGAGUACCUAUUAUUAACACAGGGAACUGACAGCAGAUCCAACGUGAUGAAAAAGUUACUAAGCGACAUAUCUUUCGAGGUUAAAAAAGCAGUAAAGAAAGAAAUAGGCUCAGUAAAUGAAGCGCUCAGCUCUUGUUGUCAAAAAUGGAUGGAAUAA